UACAAAUAUCCAAAUUUGAUCUUGAAAAAUCUUCAGCAGGAUGUGCUUUUGUCCCACACUUGCUCUCAAAAUUAUGCUUAUGCUUAUAAUACCAAUAACCGCAGGAAUUAAUGGCGCACAAAUAGCAAAAGAUGUUUCUAUAUGGAAUACAUUAAAGGGAUACCAUUUUAUUAUGAUCGUUAUUAGCCUAUCAUUGUCCGCAGUCAUACUGUCGACUCUAGUAUUUCUAAUAUAUGCGGCGAUCUGUAAUAGAAUGCGAAUUCUAAAAGUGAUGAUCUUUGUCUUUGCAAUAAUCGUCGUGGUGAAACUGGUAAUUCUGUUCGUGUGUAUAAGCACGGAAACGGAUACGGGUAAGACGGCAGCCCAUCCCAUGUUUAUGGUAUGCUGGUUCCUUACGUUUCUAUGUAUGGCCGCUAUUACUGUAUACUGGCUUCGGCUAUAUGAACUGGCAAGCGAAGCCAAUUAAACUGAAUCUGCUGUAUAGCAUUGAAAAAUACAUAUUCUUCCAAGUAUUUUAUUAAGCUUCAUAGCUGUAGUACAAUAAUAUCGAAAAAUCGUA